AACACUUUGGUAUUUGUUUUGUCAUGUUUUCUCCGUGUAGGCUGCUCUGCAGAAUGUCCAGCAAGGACCGCCACAUUGAGUCCAGUUGCCCCUCCUACAUAAAGACGGAACCUUCCAGCCCUGCCUCACUGACGGACAGCGUAAAUCACCACAGCCCCGGCGGCUCUUCAGACGCCAGCGGUAGCUACAGCUCGACCAUGAACGGCCAUCAGAAUGGUCUGGACUCACCCACUCUUUACGGCCCAACCAGUGCUCUGGGUCCCAGCGGUGCCGGAGCCAAGCGUUACGAGGACUGCUCCAGCACUAUCACGGAGGACUCACAGAUUAAAUGCGAGUACAUGCUGAACUCCAUGCCCAAGCGCCUAUGUCUGGUGUGCGGGGAUAUCGCCUCCGGCUACCAUUAUGGUGUCGCAUCCUGUGAGGCCUGCAAGGCCUUUUUCAAGAGGACCAUUCAAGGAAACAUUGAGUACAGCUGCCCCGCCACCAAUGAAUGUGAGAUCACCAAACGCAGAAGGAAGUCCUGCCAAGCCUGCCGCUUCAUGAAGUGUCUGACCGUUGGCAUGAUGCGAGAAGGCGUUCGACUGGACCGUGUACGUGGUGGAAGACAGAAGUACAAACGCCGGAUAGAUGCAGAAAACAGCCCCUAUUUGAACCCUCAACUGUCUCUGCCACCAAAAAAGCCAUAUAACAAGAUUGUGUCUCACUUGCUGGUGGCGGAGCCUGAGAAGAUCUACGCCAUGCCUGACCCCACCGUGCCCGACAGCGACAUCAAAGCCCUGACCACGCUAUGCGACCUGGCAGACAGGGAACUGGUGGUCAACAUUGGCUGGGCCAAGCAUAUCCCAG